GUUCUUACGACAAAAAAGUUCGUAAAUAUAACUUACGCAAAAGUUACGAACUUUUUGGUAUUCUCGAAGCAAAAUGUUCUCAGUUUUUGCGUAAGUUACGACAAAAUCCUACGACAGGGGUCCAUUUCUUCUUACGAACAUUUUCGCGACUGCUUGCUCAAAAUGGCUGCCUACGUCGCCUUCUUACUCGACCAGCAGCGCGAUGCGAGAAGGACUUUGCAUCAGCAGCGUGUCUUCCGGACUCGUCGAACAUUAGAGACGAUCGCGGACCACCACCUCGAGCGUUACUACCGCUUGCCGAGGCCAGCCGUGCAGAGGCUCUGCGAUGCUCUGGCGCCGGCGCUUCGACGCCCGACAGCUCGUUCGUGCUCGCUCCCCGUCGACGUUCAAGUGCUGCUUGCGCUCCGCUUUUAUGCGAGCGGGAGCUUUCAGUCGGUGGUGGGCGACGUUGCAAACAUCAGCCAGUCGAGCUCCUCACGGAUAAUCAACGGAGUGAGCAGUGCGCUCUGCGAUCUCGCCAACAGUGGCAUCAAGUUUUCCACGACGUCGCGGGCAGCGUUGCUCACUGCACGCGGCUUCUUGGAGAUCAACGGGUUCCCCAAGGUGUUGGGGUGCAUUGAUGGGACACACAUCGCCCUGAAAAUCGCGAAAAAGGAGCAGCACCUCUACCGCAACCGGAAGGGCUACGACUCGCUGAAUGUGCAAGCCAUCUGCAACGCCAGCAAUGAAAUCACACAGCUCACAGUGAAGUGGCCAGGAAGCACGCACGACAGCUUCAUGUGGAGAAACUGUGACCUGGCUGACAAGUUCGAGGCGGGCAACAUGCCCGACGGGUGGUUGCUUGGGGACGCAGGUUACCCCCUCCAGCCGUGGCUCAUGACUCCCUUCCGUAAGCCGCGGAAGAAGGAGGAAGAGAACUACAACGAGUGCCUCACGAAGACCAGACAGGUCAUCGAGAGGACUUUCGGAAUCCUCAAGUCACGCUUCAGAUGCCUGGACAGGUCCGGAGGGGUCCUCCAGUACACCCCUAGUGUGUGCUGCCGCAUAAUUGUGGCCUGUGCAGUCCUGCACAAUUACUGCAUCCGCCACCAUGUUUCCCUCGCUGAACCACCCGUUCCAGAAUCUGAGGACGAGGAAGAGGAAGAAGACGACAGGCCAACCACUGCCCGAGACACGGCCACUGGCACCGCCGUCAGGAAUGAGCUUGUGAACAGCGUUUUCAAGUGAAACUUCAGGAAAACGAGAGUCUUCAGUGCAUUAAAGAAACAGUUUAUUGUUAUU